UAUUAGAAUUGUCAGUCUUUUUAACAUCAGGUUUAUGAAGAUUUCAAGUGCAGUUGGUUGGUUGGCUUUCUUAGAUCGCCAUGCACAUCAAGCUAGUUCUUCUUAGUCUGUGCUUGCUUGGAGUUAUUCAAGAAAUAUCUGGGAAAAGAAUGAAUCUCAAAGUUCAUUUCUUUGCACUUGCAGAAAAUUUCAAAGAGCCAUCUACUACUCUGCGAACCAUGCUGUCCUGGGAUUUGGACCUUUUUACAGACAAAAUGAGGAUUUUUAACUCCCAUGAUUUGGAAAUAACUGAUUAUGAUUUAACAAUAUUGGAAAAGGGAGAUAUUGACUAUCCCUACCAGUCUAGCCCCCUAGAUUCUGAAAAGGUUUUGAAGGCCAUGGAUAAAAGUCCAGUUAUUAAAGAAAGUCGAGCUAACAUAAAAGUCCUGCUUCUUCCUACGACUACCAAACUUGAAUAUACUGGAUCAUCUAUUGCUGGAAUAGCGUCGCCAAGAGGGGGCCCCUUGGACGAGAUAUCCCAAAACGCAGUGAUUGAAAUCGACACUUUUAAAGCUUUUAGACAAAGAAAUGUUCCUUACAAGAAUGGAGUAUAUACCGUUUCUAGACACCCUGAAGCAUUAUUUUAUGAUAUUUAUAAGGAUUACGGAGAUUCUUAUAAGGAAAGAUAUGGAGAAAAGAAAUAUCUUUACAAGUUAGCAACCGAUAUUUGGGUCCGGAGAGAUACUGGUGCUAGACUGGAUAACCUGGGGACAGUGGCACAUGAAAUUGGACACCUUCUUGGGGCUUCAGAGUGCGCUGAGCAAUCUAAUGGCCUGGAAUUUGAUGUAACGAGCGUGAUGUGCAGAAAUACUGGGUCUAGAUUGUCUAAAUUUGCUCGCGCUGAGAUAGAUUGUCGGAUUGAAAAUGGAUAUUUGAACAAUGGUCGCUGUUACACUUCUAAGGACUACGACAGUAGACGUGGUUAAUUAUCCACCUCAAGUGUAUCAUCCUUUGCAAUCUGAUGUUGUAUAAACUUUAAAAAGUAAUAUUUUAAACUAUCAAAACUGCCUGAUUUGAUCAAAUCGUGAAAGUUUAAAAUAUCACAGAUUAUUAAAAUCAGGUUGCAAAUUCAAAUAAUAGGGUUUCGAAAUUUAGAAUUUGAGGCGUUUUUUUAGUUUCGUUGAAUUCCAAACAAGAUAUAAAGGUUUUAUCAAAAUUUGUCCAAUAGUGGCUUAAAAAAAUAAACGUUUGCAACUAUAA